CUUUCCGCCCUUCCCAAUCACCUCUGCAGUGCAUAUGCAACAGAGAGAAGUACAGUUAGCAUAGGCGACAUGGUGGUGUGCAGACGAGCAAGCUUUCCAGCCACUCCACCGGCGGCUGCUGUGGCUUCACGGCCUCUCGGCCCACUGGCGCUCGCCCUCGCUCUCGCCGUCUUGUCGGCGAUGCCUCACGCCGCGCUCUCCCGGAGCAUGGCGCUGCCGCCGCUACCAAACUCGCCGCUGCAGAUGAACCUGACGUGCGAGGACGUCCCCUUUCCCUUCGGCGAAAGAUCAGGCGCCUCUCCCCCUCCCCCCGGGUUCGUGGUAACAUGCGGGCCAAACAACGAGGCCAUGCUCCAGAUCGGCGAGCAUAGGUACAUAAUCGACGAGGUGUCGGUGCCCGAAUCCUACAUCACCAUACUUGCAGGCCCCAUCAAACAGACAUGCUACGACCGCGGCGGCAGGCCGACGCAGACCACCGGAAUCGGCGCGAUGAACCUGGAAUCCACGCCCUUCUCCUUUUCCAAGCGCAACGCACUCGUCGCCACCGGCUGCAACUACAGGUUCGUCGCUUACUUCACGAACUCGUCGGGUGGUGAAUCUGGUGAUCCGCAACCAACGACUUGCGGAACCUGGUGCAACGGAAGCUCUGACAGCAUCAUCAACGGCUCGUGCAAUCUGGCCUGCUGCAAGGCCGACAUGCUGAUGGAUGGCGCGAAGGAAUUCACCUUGACGUUCAGCAGUUCAUGGCCAUCACGGCAUGUCUCCGGCGAGGAGGCCAGCACCUGCAGCGCCGUCUUCUUCCUCGACCAAGAAGAGCAAGUCUUCACCGGCGCCGGUAGUUCCAGGAAGAUGCCACUGAAAGAGGCGCUAGUACCGCCCGGUUACCGCAGGAUGGUCUUGGAUUGGGCGAUUCCGGGCAGCAACUGCGAGCAGAGUCUGCUCCUCGCGGCACAGUACCAGUGCGGCAGCAUGAGCACGUGCAUCGACGUGCCCGGCGGAGCGGGCUAUCGCUGCAGAUGCAACGCAGGGUACGACGGCAACCCAUACGAGCAAAACGGGUGCACAGAUAUCAACGAAUGCCGGGACGUCGGUAGCAACAACUGCAGCAGUUUGCCCAUCUGUCAUAACACUGACGGAGGUUAUACUUGCACCUGCCCCCGGGGCAUGGUUGGCGAUGGUUACAAGACAGGGACAGGCUGCAUCGAUCCGCCUUUGACACCCGGCAAAACUACCCAAAACCAACCUCAAGGCCAAGAUGUGUGCGCUCACCUGGAAAAGAAUCCUUGCAUGUACACGGAGUACUGCAAGGAUGGACAAGGAGUCACUACAUGUACUUGCCCGAAAGGCAUGAGCGGCGAUGGACAGAAAAAGGGAAGUGGCUGCAAAAGGCAAUUUCCUUUAGAUACUGCUUUGGGUGUAGGUCUUGCACUUAUGGUUGUACUAGGUACAACGUUGAUGUGCUACUACUGGACAAUGAAGAAAAGAAAGGUAGCAAAAGAGAGAGCUGAGUUAUUCAGGAAGAACGGAGGCUUGCUAUUGCAACAAAGAUUUUCGACAAUAACACCUCAAGGUGAGGACUCAUCAGCGAAGAUAUUUAGUGCCGAAGAACUCAAAAAUGCCACUGACAACUAUAAUGAGAGUCGGAUCCUUGGUCGCGGAGGAAGUGGUAUGGUUUACAAGGGUGUUCUUCCGAAUAAUACCAUGGUUGCCAUAAAGAAGUCCAUCGUGUUUGAUGAAAGCCAGGUGGAGCAAUUUGUCAAUGAGAUUACCAUUUUAUCACAAAUAGAUCACCCAAAUGUUGUCAAGCUCUUGGGGUGCUGUCUAGAGACAAAAGUUCCACUGUUAGUUUAUGAGUUCAUACCUAACGGAACACUCUUCCAGCGCAUCCACAGCAGGAGCACUUUAACAUGGGAAGAUUGCUUGAGGAUAGCUGCAGAAACAGCAGAAGCACUAGCCUAUCUACACUCUACAUCUACACCGAUCAUUCAUAGAGACAUUAAGUCAAGCAACAUACUGUUGGAUGAAAAUUUGGUGGCUAAAAUAUCAGACUUUGGUGCAUCAAGAUCAAUCCCAUUGAAUCACACCCAUGUGACAACUCUAAUUCAAGGAACAAUUGGCUAUCUCGAUCCUGAAUAUUUCCAAAGCAGCCAGCUCACAGAGAAGAGUGACGUUUACAGCUUUGGAGUAGUUCUUGCAGAGCUGUUGACAAGACAAAGGCCUAUAUCUGUAGGUAGUCCAGAGGAAUCCUGUAACUUAGCUAUGUAUAUUGUGAUUUUAUUUAAUGAAAGGCGUCUACUACAGGAGAUAGAGCCACGCAUUUUGGCAGAAGCAGGUGAAGAGCAGAUAUACGCUGUUGCACAACUCUCAGUCAGAUGCUUAAAUUCGACGGGAGAAGAACGACCAGUUAUGGGAGAAGUAGCUUCAGUUUUGCGUAGGCUAAGAGAGUCAUUUGCCAAGGAGCAAACUGUCAGAAGAAACGAUGAGUCCGUACAGAUAAUUAAUGAACAAGAGAGUGCACAUAGUGAGCCAAAACCUACUUCCAGCCUGCAGUCUUCAGAAGAAACUACUAUGCGGUACAGCUUGCCAGCUGAAAUACUAGCUUCUUCUCAUUUGGCAAGAUGAUGUUCUAAUUAUAAUAUUAAAAUGAGAUGCUUGACAUUAUCUAAAAAAAGAGAUGCUUCAGUUGACAAAAUCCAACAUUCUGCAAUUUUAAAGGAACUCUGCAGAUGUUCAAUUCCUUGAUUGUUUCGGUCAACAAUAUCAGCUUGGAUGUCCUUUGAUCUAAAAAGGAAGGCAGAUCCAAACUGGCAGUCCUAGUCCUGUGAAUGUUGUUUACCCCUUAAAUUUGAUUCGAGCAAAGGCUUCCUAUGUCCUAAAGAUAUGUGGAAACAGGUGAGUGCCCAGCACCAUGGGGCAAAUCAGCCAACUUCAUGUCAAAUGGUAGCAGCUAUUACCCGGUU